AUGUCAGCAACCCCCCCACCCGACGAUGCCUACUACAAUCUAGGCACCUAUACCCGCACAGUAACCACCACCUCCCCCGCGGCCCAAACCUGGUUCACCCGCGGCUGGCAAUGGGCCUACAGCUUCAACCACGAAGAAGCCCUGCGCUGCUUCGAGACCGCCAUCAAACAUGACCCCAGAUGCGCCAUGGCCCACUGGGGCAUCGCCUACAGUCUCGGCCCCAACUACAACAAAGCGUGGGCCUUCUUCGACCGCGCCGAUUUGGCAACCACCGCGGCCGAAAAAGCCCUCAUCACCGCCCUCUUCCCCCGCUUCCCGCGCUGGUCCGCAUCCACCGGCUCCGCAUCCACCGCUUCCGACAACAGCAACUUCCCCAUCGACUUCGCCCGCCUGAACCAAGCCUAUGCGGACGCCAUGCGCAUCGCCUACAGAGAACACCCGGACGACAUCGACAUCACGGCCCUGCUGAUCGAAGCGCUGAUGUGCAUCUCGCCGCGCGGGCUGUGGAACCUGACGACGGGGGAGCCCAGCGGGCGCCACACGGUGGAGGCGCGCCACCUGAUUGAAUCCGCAUUCGCGACCGGCGGCCCCGAGGCCCAACACAACCCGACCCUGUGCCACCUGUACAUCCACCUGAUGGAGAUGUCGCCGUACCCGGAGAUCGCGCUGCCGGCCGCGGACCGGCUGCGGCGCGCGGCGCCCGACGCCGCCCAUCUCCUGCACAUGCCGACGCACAUCGACAUGGCGGUCGGCGACUACCGGCGCUCGGUGGAGUCGAACUCGGACGCCAUCCGCGCGGACGAGACGUAUGUGGCCGGGUGCGUGGCGGAGGGGCGCACGGGCGCGGGCGUCGGCGGCGCGCUGUACGUCGCGUACCGCGUGCAUAACAUCUGCGCGAAGCUGUACUCUGCGCUCAUUGCGGGGCAGUUCGCUGUGAGUAUGGAGGCCGUACGGCAGCUGGAGGGGCUUGUGACGGAGGAGACGCUGCGCAUCAAAAGUCCCCCCGUCGCGGACUGGGUGGAGUCGUUCCUGGGGAACCGCGCGCAUGUCUUGGUGCGGUUCGGCCGGUGGGAGGAGAUUCUUGGGCUGCAGGAGCCGCAGGAUCGCGAGCUGUACUGCUCGACGUAUGCGACGGUGCUGUAUGCCAAGGGCAUCGCGUUGAGUGCGUUGGGGAGGGUGGAGGAGGCGGAGGCGAUGCAGCGGCGGUUCGACGAGGCCAGGGGCAAGGUGCCGACUACCCGCAUCGCGAGUCUGCCGAGCAAGCAGGUCGAUGUGUUGGCCGUGGGCGCGCAGAUGUUGCAGGGCGAGCUGGAAUAUCGCCGGGGUGAGGUGGAUCAGGCGUUUGAGACGUUGGCGAGCGCGGCCGAGCUGGAAGAUAAUCUGCCCUACGGGGAUCCGCCGCCGUGGAUGCAGCCGGUCAGACAUGCGUUGGGAGGGUUGUUGCUCGAGCAGGGGCGGGUGGCUGAAGCGGAGAGGGUGUUUCGGGAGGACCUGGGUAUGGCGGAAGGGUUUCCGCGGCGGAAGGGCCGGCUCAAUAAUGUCUGGGGAUUGCAUGGGUUGCAUGAGUGUCUGGUGAGGCAGAAGAAGCUGGGUGAGGCGCGGCUGAUCGAGCCGGCCCGGGAUCUGGCGAUGGCGGCGGCGGAUGUGCCCAUUGUGACCUCGUGCUAUUGUCGGCUAAGCGCGGUGGGAGCAGACAAGUGUUGUGAGUGUGGGUGCUGA